GGGGCGCUAUAGGGUGACUCCCCCCCCCCAGACCCCCACUCGUUCGAUACCCCCGAGGAUGUGGCCACGUCCUUUAUGGCCUCACUCAGCCAGAGCGUGGAGAGAGCCGACACCGACCGCGGUCAGACUGAGAAGCGCAGGAUCCGCGUGGACGGUUCGGCCGCAAUGAACGUGUUCCUGGUUCUGGACGCGUCCCAAAGUAUCGGGUCCAAAGGGUUCCGAGAGUCCAGCAGCGCCCUGCAGCAGCUGGUCGAGAAGAUCGCCAGCUAUGGGGUGGACCCCCACUAUGGGAUCAUCACCUUCGGGACCGAGGCCCACGUGGUUCUCAGCCCCACAGAUCCGCAGGCGGCCGAUGGGGCUCAUGUGGGGCAGCUGCUGGAGGACCUCAGCUUCGACUCUCACGGUUCCAAGCCGGGUACCAACCCUCACGCCGCUCUCCGUGCCGUGUAUUCGCUGCUGGUCCAACAGGAACGAAUGGAGGAAAUGAAGGGGAUGAGACCCCCCCCCGUCACCAACAGCACCCGGCACGUCAUCCUCAUCUUCACUGAUGGUAAAUGGGACCCCAUAGAUCCCAUAUAGACCCCAUAGAUCCCU